CUUAUUUUCGUCUAGCGUCAACAAGUGAUAAAGCUUGAUCUUUGACAUUGAUGCAAGAUAGUCAUUGAUGAAAUACCAUUAUUGGAGUUUUAUUAACUCAUGUCAGUGUAUUAAAUGAGCUAGACUAGUACUUUAUAAAAGUAUUGCAGUGAACAUGUGUAUAUUAAGAUUUUUUACACGUGAAGCCUUUAGUGCACACAAAACUAAGGAAAUACUUGCUAAAUUAAAACAAGUUGAUGCAGAUGUGAUAGAACUGUCGACAGAAAUCUGCUACCAUGUGGAACUCGCUGAAGGAAGUGAUUACCUUAACAUUAACCAAAUAAAAAUAUUACAGUGGCUCCUUAAUUCUCCGCUCAAACCUCACGCAUUAAAAAAUGAAUCUGUGUACAAAUUUGUGGGUGACCACCAGAUCAUAAUUGAGAUUGGGCCAAGGUUUAAUUUUUCAACAGCUGAUUCCAGUAAUUCGGUUCAGAUUUGUAAUAGUGUUGGUCUCCAUGAUGUUGUGCGCCUUGAAGUUUCCACUAGGUAUCUUAUUACGUUUAAACAUUCCAAAAACGUUAGUAGAGAAUUAUUUGAAGAGUUGGCGGCACCUAUUCAUGAUAGAAUGACACAGUGUAUAUACACAACAGAAAAUUUGCCUCGACAAAGCUUUAAUGAAGGUUUGCCUAAGGAUUUGGAGCCAUGGUUUGUGGUGCCAUUGCAGGCUGAAGGUAUGGCAGCUAUGAAGAAAGUUAAUGACAAAUUAGGACUGGCUUUUGAUGAGUGGGAUAUGGAGUUUUAUAUGGAUUUGUUUGUUAAUAAAUUAAAGAGAGAUCCUACUAGUGUUGAAUUAUUUGAUUUAGCACAAAGUAAUAGUGAACACUCUCGUCAUUGGUUCUUCAAGGGCAAAAUCAUUUUAGAUGGAAAAGAGAUAAAUGAAUCUUUAAUUGACAUGGUUGCAUCAACACAGGAAACAUCAAACAAUAAUAAUGUUAUUAAAUUUGGUGACAACAGCAGUGCCAUCAAUGGUUUUGUACACACAAAACUUAAGCCUAUGGAUGUGAAAAUUCCUUCACAAGUCAUCAAGGAUAUAACUGAGUCUGACAUAAUAUUUACUGCAGAAACUCAUAACAUGCCUACUGCAGUGGCACCAUUUAGUGGAGCAACUACUGGAACAGGAGGGCGUAUUAGGGAUGUACAAGGAGUUGGUCGUGGUGGUCACACGGUUGCUGGAACUGCUGGAUAUAGUGUUGGCAAUUUGUUAAUUCCAGGUUAUGAUUUGCCAUGGGAAGAAAAAGAAUGGAAAUAUCCAAAUAACUUUGCAAGUCCUUUACAAAUUAUCAUUGAUGCAAGUAAUGGAGCUUCGGACUAUGGGAACAAAUUUGGUGAACCUGUAAUUUGUGGAUUUGUGCAAUCAUAUGGUUUGAAAAAUGGUGACAAUGUGAGAGAAGAAUUUGUCAAACCUAUUAUGUUCAGUGGAGGUAUUGGUUAUAUGCCACAUACAAUGAUUAAAAAAAAUAAGCCCAGUGAAGGUAUGUUACUUGUGAAAAUUGGUGGCCCAGUCUACCGUAUAGGUGUUGGUGGUGGAGCUGCUUCUUCAGUUGCCGUACAAGGUGGUGGUUCUAGGGACCAUGCUCUUGAUUUUGGCGCAGUCCAGAGAGGUGAUGCAGAAAUGGGAAAUCGUCUUAAUAGAGUUGUUAGAGGAUGUUUAGAGGCUGAUGUAAAUCCUAUUGAAUCCAUUCAUGACCAAGGAGCCGGAGGUAAUGGUAAUGUACUAAAGGAAUUGGUGGAACCUGAGGGUGCAGUGGUGUAUACUAAAGAGUUUCAACUUGGAGACCCUACAAUUACCACAUUAGAGCUUUGGGGCGCCGAAUACCAGGAAAAUAAUGCACUACUGUGUUCCAAAGAAAACAGGAAUAUUUUAGAAGAAAUAUGUCGCCGUGAAAGAUGUCCAGUUUCAUUUGUGGGAGAAGUUACUGGAGAUGGUUAUAUGAGUCUAGUAGAGGACCACUACAAUGAAAUCUAUUUAAACAGAUCAAAUAGACUUAAGCCUGAUGUUAAGGGAAAGUUACCCUACGAUUUGCAUUUGGACGCUGUUUUAGGAAAUAUGCCAAGAAAAACUUUUGAUUUGAGACAAGAUAAAAGAACUAAAGUGCCCCUAUCACUGCCUGAAGAUAUAUCCAUUGAAAAGGCUCUUAAUCGUGUAUUGAGACUUGUCAAUGUCGCUAGCAAGAGAUAUUUAACAAAUAAAGUGGAUCGCUGCGUCACAGGGCUGGUGGCUCAGCAGCAGUGUGUGGGACCUCUUCAAACACCGCUCGCAGACUGCGCAAUCAUCGCGCUAGGUUUCCACGACCUCGUGGGUUCCGCUACGUCCAUUGGCACUCAAAACAUCAAAGGUCUCUUGAACCCCGCGGCUGGAGCUAGGAUGUCGCUGGGAGAGGCUCUUACUAAUUUGGUGUUUGCCGGUAUAUCGGAGCUGGAGGACGUGAAGUGCUCCGGCAACUGGAUGUGGGCGGGGAAGACGGGCGCGGAGGGCGCGUCGCUGGUGGUGGCGUGCGACGCGCUGUGCGCUGCCAUGCGCCGCCUGGGCGUGGCCGUGGACGGCGGCAAGGACUCUCUGUCCAUGUGCGCCGGUGUGCACGGCACCACGGUUCGUUCACCGGGAACGCUAGUUGUGUCCACGUACGCGCCGUGCCCUGACAUUACAGUGAAAGUGGAACCCGUUUUGUUGAAAGAAGGUUCUGCCCUUAUACAUGUACCGGUGUCUGCUGGGAAAUAUAGACUUGGAGGCUCAGCUUUGGCUCAAUGCUACAAACAGCUUGGUGAAAACCCACCGGAUUUAGAAAAUCCUGAAAUACUAAAAGCUCUAUUCAAGGUCACGCAAAAAUUGCUCAAAGAAAAAAUAUUGAUUUCUGGCCACGACAUUAGUGAAGGAGGUUUUAUUACGACGGUGCUAGAAAUGGGUAUAGGCGGUGUCCGAGGAAUGGAAAUAGAUUUACUGGUUGAAAACAAUGUAUCUGCAAUUGAAGGUCUAUUCAAUGAAGAACUUGGAAUUGUCAUUGAAGUAGCACAGAACCACGUGGGUUACGUUUUAACAGAAUACAAAAAGAAAGGUGUAUACUCCAAAGUGAUUGGUAAAACUGGAAAGUAUGGAAUGGACUCUAAGGUUAAUGUGAAAGUUAAUGGUAAUGUAGUAUUGGAUACAAAAUUAAUAGAUGUAUACAGAAUGUGGGAAGAAACUAGCUAUCAACUAGAGUGCUUACAGGCUAACUCUAGCUGCAUCCAACAGGAAUGGAAUGGGCUCGCUACUCGUAAAGGUGUAAAAUAUAAUGUCUCAUUCGACCCUUCCGCGGCUUUGAUAAAGACGAGGUCCGUGAAAGUAGCAGUGUUACGGGAAGAAGGUAUAAAUGGCGAUCGUGAAAUGAUUGCCUCCCUGAUGAUGGCCAAUUUCGACGUGUUUGAUGUAACAAUGAGUGAUUUGCAAGCCAAGAAAAUUACUUUAGAUGCUUUCCAGGGAUUAGUUUUUCCUGGAGGCUUUAGCUAUGCCGAUACACUGGGAUCGGCGAAGGGCUGGGCUGCUGGUAUUCUUUUCUCAGAAUCUCUGAGUUCACAGUUUGCAAACUUCAAAAGCAGAAGCAAUACUUUUUCACUUGGAGUAUGUAACGGUUGCCAGCUAAUGGCGCUUCUGGGGUGGAUAGAUACCGAUGACAGUAAAAAUCCAGGCAACACAACUCAGAUAUUCCUUGAUCACAACUUGUCCGAAAGGUUCGAAUGCCGUUGGAGCGCCGUAAAGAUCAACGAAAGAGUAUCCAACGAAGACGUUUGGUUCCGUGGUAUGGGCGGCAGCGUUCUCGGAGUGUGGGUCGCGCACGGGGAGGGACGGUUCACGGUGCCCGAUCAGCAGACGCUUGACAAGCUAAAAGUUAAUGACCAAGUAGCCGUGCAAUAUGUGGAUGACAACGGGUCUCCUACUGAGAUUUACCCUAUGAAUCCUAAUGGAAGCCCUGAUGGAUUAGCGGGCGUGAGGUCUCCGGACGGACGCCACCUUGCUAUGAUGCCACACCCUGAACGCUGCGUCCUGCGGUGGCAAUGCGCUUCACCACCGCCACCCACCUCCGACGCCUUCAGCCAAGCCUCACCUUGGCUACGACUCUUCCAGAAUGCAUAUACUUGGGCAUCUCAACACUAAACUCAAGAGUAGAUUAUUAUUUGAAUAUUUCAUUCCUUUAAAUUGCAUUUAGUUUUCUUAGAAGAACAUGCCAAUAUAGAAAUAUUUUAGUAUAGAAACAUUCCAUUCAUAAAAUCGUAAGUCUCAUAUACAAAAUUGUGAUUGAAAUUUAUACUCUUAUAAAAAAGUGCCUUUUUUAUUUACAUGUUACCUCCAAAAAUUGCCUCUUGAAUUUGAUC